AUGCAUUGACAAGGGCUUUCAGCGGCAAAAGGUCAUUAGGAGCUUCAGAAUUAUAGUGGGCUUUGCCUGAUGCCAGCAUAUUGGCAAUGAGGGCCACGGUUUACAAUAUAAUUUAACUGGGAGAAUAGCAGCAAAGUCAUGUCUUUAAACUACAUUAAGAACUUUUACGAAGGAUGUGUAAGUAUGGUGAUACCAAGAAUAUAUAGAAUAUUGGACGAUGGUCGUGGUCACUUUGAGCCCACUCAGGCCUCCGACGGUGAUAGGCCAGUUCCACACCCUGUUCUUUGGCUCUGUUCGGAUGUUCUUUCUGGGCGUCUUGGGCUUUGCAGUCUAUGGCAAUGAAGCUCUCCAUUUCAGCUGCGAUCCAGACAGGAGGGAGUUAAACCUAUACUGUUACAACCAAUUUAGGCCUAUAACACCUCAGGUAUUCUGGGCAUUGCAGCUGGUAACUGUUUUAGUCCCUGGAGCUGUAUUUCAUCUCUAUGCUGCCUGUAAAAACAUUGACCAGGAGGAAAUCCUUCAGAGACCUAUAUACACUGUCUUCUACAUAAUCUCUGUCCUACUAAGAAUUAUUCUGGAAGUCAUCGCUUUUUGGCUACAGAGCCAUCUCUUUGGUUUCCAGGUUCACCCACUCUACAUGUGUGAUGCCAGUGCCCUAGAAAAGACGUUCAACAUCACCAAAUGCAUGGUGCCGGAACACUUUGAAAAGACCAUAUUUUUAAGUGCAAUGUACACUUUCACUGUGAUCACGUUGCUGCUGUGUGUUGCUGAGAUAUUUGAGAUACUCUGUAGGAGAUUAGGUUAUUUGACCAAUCAAUGACCUGUGUGUUAUUUGCUAUAGAGUUCUAGGUCAUAUUUCAAAUUUCUGUUUGUCUUAUCCAGGUCUGACAUGGACACAAAGGCCGAAAACGACAUACCUCUGCUUUUUUUGUUGGGAGUUGACAAGCAAAGACACUUCUUUCCAUAAUCCCAUUGUUAAAAUCAAGUAACACAGAUUUAAAUCUACUUUUGUCAGUAGGCUAAGGAUAUAGUUGUAUCGUAUGCAGCUUUCAAUCAUUGGCCCAAGUAAGAAAGAAACCUGUUAUGAAAGAUUAUAGUACUUGUACCCAGUGAAAAGUAUUAUAGCAUUGUUGUAGUCUUCUUAGGGGCCUAUAGACAUAUAAUGUUGUCUAAUUGUCCAGUUUAACAUAUGGCCAAUGUCAUGUCAUCAAGGUUAACAUCUUAAUACCCUACGACACAAGCUAAAAAUGGAUUCAUUUUAAGGCAUUGAACUAGGCCUACAGAUGAAAAAAGGCAGGCAAAAAUGUAUCCUAAUGAAGCUUAGAUUUGAUUAUAAUAGUUGGUCUUUAAUAUGUUCAGGUCAUAAUAAAUUAUUAAAGGGAUACUUUGGGAUUUUGACAAUGAGGCUCUUUAUGUAGAUCCCCAGAGCCAGAUGAACUUGUAGAUACCAUUUUUAUGUCUCUGUGUCCAGUAUGAAGGAAGUUAGAGGUAGUUUUGCGAGCCAUUGCUAACUAGCGU